AAGAGCUUUCAACUCCCAAACUCCCCAAAUCGAAUGGCGUCAUAAAAAGACAGAGUUGCAAUUUCCUUCUUUCCAAACCGUCAAAUGGCGAUGCGAGCACCGUCUUACAACCACCACGUCACGGCGUUUCUUCUCCUCCUCCUCCUUCUUCCUCCACUCUUCCAUGGCGUCGGAGGAGACUGGAGCGGCGACUACUCCAAACUCUCUGGUAUUAUAAUCCCUGGCUUGGCCUCCACGCAGCUCCGCGCCUGGUCGAUCCUCGACUGCCCUUACUCUCCUCUCGAUUUCAACCCUCUCGAUUUGGUCUGGCUCGACACAACCAAACUUCUCUCCGCCGUGAACUGCUGGCUGAAAUGUAUGCUUCUCGACCAGUACAACCAAACGGAUCACCCGCAAUGCAAGUCCCGGCCCGAUAGCGGCCUUUCGGCCAUCACGGAGCUCGAUCCUGGCUACAUAACAGGCAAAUGCAUUUCUGAAUCAUAUUUUCAAGCUCGUUGCUUUGUUUCUUUUCUUAAUCUUUUCGGAACAGGUCCGCUUUCUUCGGUGUGGAAAGAAUGGGUGAAAUGGUGUAUUGAAUUGGGAAUCGAGGCAAAUGCAAUCAUUGCUGUGCCGUACGACUGGAGGCUGUCGCCGUCUAAGCUCGAGGAGCGAGACCUUUACUUUCACAAGCUAAAAUUAACAUUUGAAACGGCGCUGAAACUUCGAGGAGGACCCUCGGUAGUGUUUGCCCAUUCGCUAGGGAAUCAUGUCUUCCGCUACUUUUUGGAAUGGUUAAAGCUGGAAAUUGCACCAAAGCAUUAUAUCCAAUGGCUGGAUGAGCACAUUCAUGCCUAUUUUGCCGUUGGAGCUCCACUUCUUGGUGCAGUUGAGGCAGUCAAAGGAACACUUUCUGGAUUAACAUUUGGCCUUCCUAUUUCUGAGGGCACAGCUCGGUUGAUGGUCAAUUCAUUUGCUUCUACGUUAUGGAUGUUGCCAUUUUCAAAGUAUUGCAGGGCAGAUAAUACAUACUGGAAACAUUUCUCGGUGGAUAUCAGGGACAAGAGUGGUCAUCAUAAUUAUCACUGUGAUGACAGGGAAUUUCACUUUAACUUUUCUGGAUGGCCAACAAAUAUUAUCAAUAUUGAAAUUCCUUCAAUCCCUGGAUUUGGAGCGUAUCCAUCAGUUACAGAAAUAGCUGAGGCUAACUUGUCUAGCAUAGAAUGUGGACUUCCUACCCAAUUGUCUUUCUCUGCUCGCGAAAUAUCAGAUGGGACCUUUUUCAAAGCAAUAGAGGAUUAUGACCCAGACAUGAAGAGGAUUUUGCAUCAAUUAAAGAAGUUAUAUCAUGAUGAUCCAGUUUUAAAUCCGCUUUCACCAUGGGACAGGCCACCUCUAAAAAAUAUAUUUUGUAUCUACGGAACAGACUUGAAAACUGAGGUUGGUUACUAUUUUGCACCAAGUGGCAAGCCCUACCCUGAUAAUUGGAUCAUUACCGAUGUGAUUUAUGAGCUUGAAGGUUCCUUGUUCUCAAGGUCAGGGAAUCUUGUCGAUGGAAAUGCAGGAGCUUCAAGCGGGGAUGAGACUGUCCCGUACCAUUCUCUUUCUUGGUGCAAGAAUUGGCUUGGACCAAAAGUAAACAUAACUAGAGCGCCUCAGUCAGAGCAUGAUGGUUCUGAUGUGCAAGUGGAGUUGAAUGUGGAACAUCAUCAUGAAGAAGAUAUAUUGCCCAACAUGACAAGGUUGCCGAGGGUCAAGUACAUAACUUUCUAUGAAGAUUCUGAAAGUAUACCAGGAAAAAGGACGGCAGUCUGGGAGAUAGACAAAGCGAAUCAUAGGAACAUUGUUAGGUCCCCGGUUUUAAUGAGAGAGUUGUGGCUUCAAAUGUGGCAUGAUAUCCAUCCCGAUGCAAAAUCAGCAUUUGUUACUAAAGCCAAGCGUGGACCUCUGAGGGAUGAGGACUGUUAUUGGGAUUAUGGAAAAGCUCGAUGUGCAUGGACAGAUUACUGUGAAUAUAGAUACCUUUUCGGAGAUGUCCAUUUAGGACAGAGCUGUAGGUUGAAGAAUUCUUCAGCAGAUCUUCUUUCGCAUUAUUUGUAGAUUAGGAGAUUGGAGGCACAUACCGUUCACAUAUGAGUGGUCUCAUUCGUCUCCCGAAAAACUCUCAACAGUUGAGCAAUUCCCUUUUGUAUCAAGCAAAGUCGGGACUGCAUCUCAGAUCUCCAGAAGGCUUGAUGAUUUUGUUGGUAGAACCUAACUCGGCGCCUCAGCUUUGUCUUCAGUCGAUUUUUGCAGCUGGAGGACUGCAUUGCUGAAUCUAAUUUGCUCGCCGCUCAGCCCUCCCAAACUCUGUCACCGCUGUAUACUUUUAUUUUGUGCUUAACCUAGUCUGUUAUGAGAUUCUUGCCAAUAAAUGUGUUUUGUUUACUUGUAUUACUACUAAACCACAUACAGAUAAAGACGUAUUGAACUAGAGUAUGUCGAUCUUCGAGAUCCCACUGAACUAGGUCUUAACAUUUGCAUUUACAGAAUACAAUGUCAUUCUUCUA